GGUGGGAGUGGAGUCUGACUGCAGAGGGUCUACUGUUUAAGAGAAAGAGAAUUCUCUCUUUCACUCACACUCUCCCUCUCUCUGUCUGUGUCUGUCUAUAUCUCUCUCCUCACUGGCUGCACCACAUCAGCCGCUCUCUAGGUAGACGCGAGUAAACACUUAGAGAGACGAGAAAGAGAGGAAAGAUGACAGAGCUGUCAGCACUCUGAGAGACACAGACCGGUGAGAACAUUUACCAGGAUUGGCUGAUAAGCAUCCUCAACCCUGAUUCUGCUUAGAUUUUCUCAUCAGUGGAAAGCCUGGUAGCUCUGUGAGCGAGGAUACAAGACAGGAAAAUUUGAUUGAUACCACGCUGUUUUGGAAACAGCUGCUACCUUUUUAAGGGCUUCGGUGUGGGGGGUGAAAACAUGGGGAUGAAAGGCUUCCUCUUAACCUGCAUAACUGCAGCUGUACUACUCCAACUGUCCACCGCCGGCCUAGUCAAGAGGGUCAUUCGACACCGCCGAGAGGCCCUGAUGCCCAAGAAAACCCAGGAGAACCUCACCCUGCCCCACCCUGACCAGCCGGUCGUUUUCAACCACGUCUACAACAUCAACGUUCCCUCAACGUCCCUCUGCUCUGUGGACUUGGACUCCCCUGGAGACACCGAACUCAAACACAAGAGUGCCCCGCUUGACAUGCAGAACACAGAACACAUGGAGCACACGGUGGACGGCGAGAAUCAGAUCGUUUUCACCCAUCGCAUCAAUAUCCCCAAGCAAGCGUGUGGCUGCGACAACCAGCUGCCAGACAUCAAAGACAUCCUGAACAGGCUGGAGAUGCUGGAGUCAGAGCUGUCUAGUCUGAGGGAGCAGUGUGGCAGCGGGGCAGGCUGCUGUGGAGCUCAAGUUACAGGUGAAGUAGCCACAAAGCCCUACUGUAAUGGACGUGGGAACUGGAGUGCUGAGUCCUGCAGCUGUUCAUGUGAACCGGGAUGGAAGGGCCCAAACUGCACGGAGCCAGAAUGCCUGAAUGACUGCCAGGACCAGGGCCGCUGCGUGGACGGCAGAUGUGAAUGCUUUGAGGGUUUUGAUGGAGAUGACUGUAGCAUUGAGGUCUGCCUGAUGGACUGCGGAGACUAUGGCCACUGUGUUGAGGGGUCCUGUCUCUGUGAGGAAGGCUUCAUCGGCGAGGACUGUUCCCAUACAAACUGCCUUAAUAACUGCCUAGGCCGUGGACGCUGCGUGGAGGAUGAGUGUGUCUGUGACCAUCCGUGGACAGGCUUCGACUGCUCUGAGCUCAUCUGUCCAAACGACUGCUACGACCGAGGACGCUGCAUCAACGGUACCUGCUACUGUGAGGAGGGGUACACAGGAGAGGACUGUGGUGAACUCACCUGCCCUGACAACUGUAACAACCAUGGUAUGUGUGUAAAUGGCCAGUGUGUGUGUCAGACCGGCUACAGUGGAGAAGACUGCUCAAAGCUCACCUGUCUCAAUAAAUGCAACGAGAGAGGUCACUGCUUCAACGGGAAGUGCAUCUGCGAUCCUGGAUUUGAAGGUGACGAUUGCUCCAUCCUUUCAUGCCCUGACAACUGCAGCAACAGGGGUCAGUGUAUUAAUGGAGAAUGCGUCUGCGAUAUUGGAUACGAAGGUGAUGACUGUGGUGAACGCUCCUGCCCCAACAACUGCCAAGACCGAGGCCGUUGUGUCGACGGGCAAUGCGUCUGUGACAAAGGGUACGCUGGAGAAGACUGCAGCAUCAAGACAUGUCCUAAAGACUGCAUGGGUCGAGGCGAUUGUGUGGACGGAAAGUGUGUGUGUUUCGUGGGUUUUACAGGGAAAGACUGUAGUGAGCUGACCUGCCCCAAUAACUGCCUGGAUCGAGGUCGCUGUGUCAAUGGGCAAUGUGUUUGUCAUAAGGGUUUCGCUGGUGAGGACUGCAGCGAGAAGACGUGCCCCAAGAACUGCCUAGACAGAGGUUACUGUGUAGAUGGCAGCUGCGUGUGCUAUGAGGGUUUCACCGGUCCUGACUGCUCUCUGCUAACCUGCCCAGGAGACUGCCAGAACCAGGGGCGGUGCGACAACGGAGUGUGUGUUUGUGAUGAGGGCUACAUUGGGGAGGACUGCUCUGAGGUCUCACCACCCAAAGACCUCACAGUAGUGGAGGUCACCCCAGAAACAGUGGACCUGUCCUGGGAGAAUGAGAUGCGUGUGACAGAGUAUCUGAUCACCUAUGUUCCCACGGCCCCUGGAGGCCUGGAGCUGGACAUGCGGGUGCCUGGGGACCAGAAGGUGGCCACCAUUCGGGAGCUUGAGCCUGGUGUGGAGUACCUGAUCAGCGUCUAUGCUGUCCUCAACAACAAGAGGAGCAUUCCUGUCAGCGCUAGGGUUGCAACACAUCUUCCUGAGCCUGAGGGUCUUAAGUUCAAGUCAGUUCGUGAGACGUCAGUGGAAGUGCAGUGGGACCCCCUGGAUAUCCCCUUUGAUGGGUGGAAUCUCAUCUUCAGAAACACGAAAGAGGAGGAUGGUGAGAUUCUUAACUCCCUCGGCCGCCCAGAGACCACCUUUGAGCAGUCAGGCCUGGGACCAGGCCAGGAGUAUGAGGUCAAACUGGAGGUGGUGAAGAACAGCAAGCGUGGACCGCCUGCCUCCAAGAACGUCGUCACAAUGAUAGAUGGCCCCAGCCAGGUGGAUGUGCGUGACGUGACCGACACCACAGCGCUGGUGACCUGGUUCCAGCCUGUGGCUGACGUGGACGGGGUCAGCGUCUCCUACGGGCCCAGCCUGAAUCCUGCUGAUCGUAACGUGGUGGAGCUGUCUUCCACUGAAACCCAGUACCACCUGGGAGGACUCACCCCUGACACCCAGUAUGAAGUCUUUCUGACGGCCAAGAGGGGAGAACAGAUCAGCAUCCCCAUCUACGAAUCCUUCCUCACAGACCUGGACGCUCCCACAGACCUGCAGACAGUGGAGCUGACGGACGAGAGCAUCACUCUGGAGUGGAAGAACAGCCGGGCUCAGGUGGACAACUACCGCAUCAAGUAUGGACCUCUGUCUGGAGGCGACCAUGGAGAAAUGCUCUUCCCCUCUGGACCCAAGGACUCCACCCAGGCCAAGAUCACAGGACUGAGACCUGGAACAGAGUACGGCAUGGGUGUGACGGCGGUGAAAGAUGAGCGGGAGAGUUUGCCCACAACUACCAAUGCAGUCACUGCCCUGGAUGCUCCCAAAGACCUAACCGUAGCAGAGGUGACGGAGACCACCAUGAUGCUGGAGUGGAAGCGCCCGCUCGCCAAGCUUGACUCCUACAGACUGGUCUACGUUUCAGCUGACGGUCACAGGGCUGAAGAUGUAGUGCAAGGUAGCUCUGAAUCUCACACCCUGAGGAGCCUUACACCCGGCAUGCUGUACACCAUCAGCAUCACUGCAGAGAGGGGCCGCAGAACCAGCGUGCCCGCUACUAUCUCAGCGCCCACAGAAGAGGCGAAGCCUGUGCUGACUAAUGUCACCGUCAGCGAUGUGUCAUGGGAGAGCUUCCUCCUGUCCUGGUCUGCUGAGGAUGGGGCUUUCGAUGACUUUCUGAUUGAAGUUACCGAUGCAGAGACGGGUGCUGAGUGGCAGAACCACACGGUGCCCGCUGAUGCUCGCAGCCUCCACAUCUCUGGCCUCUCCCCAAGCACCUGGUACAGGGCCAAUGUGUACGGGGUGUACAGUGGGGGUCUCUUAGACCCUGUCUUUGCAGACACCAUCACAGAGACCGAACCAGAGGUGCAGGCUCUCCUGGUCUCUGACGUCACCUCUGACAGCUUUGUGCUGGCCUGGCUGACUGAAGAGGACGUCUUUGACACCUUUGUCAUAAUGGUGAGCCAUGCCGAGGGCCUAGGCCAACCGAGGGAGCUGGUGCUGGGUGGUGAGGAGAGAAACACAACAAUCACAGAUCUCAUCGAGGAGACAGAGUACAAAAUCGAGAUCUUUGGGCUCGUUUUGGGAAGAAGCUCCAAGUCUGUAACGGAGAGGGUGACUACAGACCUGGGCUCACCCAAGGGUAUCCGCUUCUCUGAGGUAACAGACACGUCUGCCACCGUUCACUGGGUGACUCCGAGAGCUCGGGUGGACAGCUACCAGGUCACCUACGUGCCUGCACAUGGAGGCAAUGCCAAAACGCUGACAGUGGACGGCUCCGAGUCUCAGACUGUGCUGCCCAACCUGACGCCCGGGGUCACAUAUGAGGUCACCAUUGUUGCUGUCAAGAGCCAGCGAGAGAGCGAGCCUGGAUCUGACAGCGUUACCACAGCGCUGGAUAAGCCUCGUGGUCUGACUGCAGUCAACAUCACCGACACUGAGGCGUUGCUACUCUGGCAGCCUGCCAUCGCUACUGUAGAUGGUUAUGUCAUCACAUACAGUGCAGACUCUGUGGCUCCGGUGAUGGAGCGAGUGUCAGGAAACGUGGUUGAGUUUGAGAUGAACUCUCUGACGCCAGCGACACACUACACUGUGAAGGUGUAUGCUGUGAGGGACUUAGCCAAGAGCGCAGCCACUACGACUGAGUUUACAACAGACGUGGACGCCCCACAGGACCUGGCAGCCAGUAACAUCCAGACCGAGAACGCCAUGCUCACCUGGAAGCCUCCUCGUGCCGACAUCACCGGGUACAUCCUCAGCUUUGAGUCUGCAGGUGGCGCCAUCCGGGAGGUGGUCCUGAGUCCCACGGCGGUGUCGUACAACAUGGUCCAGCUCAGCGCCUCCACAGAGUAUUCAGUCAGGCUGCAGGCUCUCGCUGGUCCCAAGAGAAGCAGAGUCAUCACUACCAUCUUCACUACCACUGGUGUGCUGUACAGACACCCCAGGGACUGCUCCCAGGCCCUCCUGAAUGGUGACACUUCCUCUGGCCUGUACACCAUCUACAUGAGUGGAGACGAGAGCCAGCCGCUGCAGGUUUUCUGUGACAUGAGCACCGACGGCGGCGGAUGGAUCGUUUUCCUCCGACGUCAAAGUGGCAGGUUGGAGUUUUUCCGCAACUGGAAGAAUUACACAGCCGGCUUCGGAGACAUGAAUGAUGAAUUCUGGCUCGGUCUGUCCAACCUGCAUAAGAUCACAGCUGGAGGUCAGUACGAGCUGCGAGUUGACCUGAGAGAUAAGGGAGAGACGGCCUUCGCCCAGUACGACAAGUUCUCGGUGUCUGAACCUCGGACCCGAUACAAAGUCCACGUAGGAGGGUACAGCGGCACCGCAGGUGACUCUAUGACCUACCACCACGGGCGUCCAUUCUCCACUUAUGACCACGACAACGACAUUGCCGUCACCAACUGUGCUCUAUCCUAUAAGGGAGCCUUCUGGUAUAAAAACUGCCACCGGGUGAACCUGAUGGGACGAUAUGGAGACAACAGUCACAGCAAGGGUGUGAACUGGUUCCACUGGAAAGGCCACGAGCACUCAAUCGAGUUUGCCGAGAUGAAGAUCCGACCAUCCAACUUUAGAAACCUGGAAGGAAGAAGGAAACGAUCGUAAACAGUCUGGAGAGCUCUACCACCAACAACAAGCAUCAACAACAACCCUGCUACUACUGCAUCUGGACUCCCCAUAAACCAGCUCAACUCCCACCCUACCACACACACACACCUACCCUGCAGCAACCAAAGCCUCUACUAAGACCCAUCUGCUCCUCCUCUCCUGUUUUCCCACUGAUCCGCCCCCUCUUCCCUCCUGAUAAGGUUUGCAAAUGCUGCCAGUGCUGAAAAUAUUCAAACAUUUUACAAACAAGACUUAAAUCUAUGCCCAAGCAUAUUCUGCUCACGCACCAAAGAGAGCAACUCCGUCCCACCCAAUUUUGACCCCCCCUCCUCUCUCGUCUUGCAGCAUUUGUUGGAAGGUGUAAGUGCAGCUUUUGCAUUAUGUUGUGUAGAGUGAUCAACACGGUUUCCUAUUAUCCACACCACAUCUGGGGUUUUACAGAACAACAGGCUGUUUAUAAUACUGUACAACACGGUCUUGUUUAGGAUCACACGGCAGAGAUUCAGGUGGAUUAUCAGAGAAAUUCUAUUCCUUGUACAGAACUGUACAUUUCUACGUAUGAUUAAAGCAUUUGAAAAGAGAUAUUCCUCAGAUGGCGCUUCUCAGAUGUCACACAUCUCAGUCUAACUUGCCAUUUGUUUGUCUUUGUGCAACGUAACUCGUCUCAAUGUCACUUUAUCCCGCCCGGGUCCCCCACUACCGUCUCUUUUUUGUGUGAGCCAACAUCUGAAGUGAUACAGAUGGAAAUAAAAAGAGGAAAAGAAAAAAAAAAGUUAAUGGAAAAGUUUCUUACCUUCCACAUCUAAUGUCAGUGUGGAUGGCCAUGUUUCCAUUCAUCUUGUGAAGCCCCUGAAGGCAUCAGGCUGCAGCCAUAGUAUUGUGUUUUAAAAAAGCUAAACAGAGAAAAAAAGAUGUGUUUUGUUUCUAUUAUGACUCCGAGGCAGGACCUAUUAUUCAGUAUAUAAUGACAUGCAGCGAUUACAUUUUUAUUUUGUUGUUGUUUCUUAUUUUGAAAAAUGUGAAUACAGUACAUAUAAGUGGAGCAAGAGAAUGUUCUGUGAUGAGAAAAAGCCAAUUCUAAUUAAAUUCCAGUGUUCAUAGUAAGGUCUUUAUGCUUAUGCUGAUAAAAAAUAGUGUUUGGACAGGCCAAAACUAGAGAACUAGUUACUAUUUCUACCCCCCCAACAACCCCCGCCCCUCCCCCCACCUGCUUCGGCAGGAUACUAAACCACUGACCUGUUAAGGAAUGCCUGUGUAAAUUAAGUUUGUUUUUAUUGUUUUGUUUGUUUAGAAGUGGGUGAACAACAGGUGUGUCUCUGUAAACUGUAUAACAAUAAAACAGUUUGUUUAAAAUGAAAA